UGUUUCCGGUUCCGACAGUCCCGUGCGGACGGCGACGAUGGACGAUGGCGGCUCGGUGCGUGAGGAGCUCUCCACCCUCUCCUUCGAGGAACUCCAGGAGCUGCAGAGUAAAGUUGGGCUCAAGGUCUACAACCAGAUAGUGUGUGACUCGGGGAAGGAGCAGCACGGUGGGCGGCACAAGUGUGCCCAGAAGGACAGGCCCCUGGAGAUGUCGUCGAAGCAGCCGGUGCCGUUCCUGCGCAGGCCGGCCGCCGUGAAGAAGAGGGUGGUGAGGGAUCCCCGGUUUGACGAUCUGUCGGGCAACUACAACCCUGAGAUCUUCGACAAAACCUACGCCUUCCUCGCCAAGGUCCGGAGCCAGGAGAAGGAGCUCAUUAAGCAGAAGCUGCGGAGGGUGAAGAAGGAGCAAAGCAGGCAGCAGCUGGAGUACGUGCUACAGAGGAUGAUGGAGCAGGACAAGGCCCAGGAACGCGCACGGCAGCAGCGCGAGAGGAUGAAACAGUUCAAACAGGAGCAGAGGCAGCGGGUUCAGCAGGGAAGCAAACCCUACUUCCUCAAGAGAUCCGAGCAGCGGACUCUGGCACUGGCGGAUAAGUACCAGGCGCUGAAGCGGAGCGGCAAACUGGAGAGCUUCCUGGGGAAGAAGAGGAAGAGGAACGCCACUAAGGACCGCCGCAAGUUGCCCGGGGCAAGAGCGCGGUGAGGCUGCGGUGGUCUGGACUGUUGCCCCCCACCCCCCGCGACUAGCCUGACUUCUGGGUUGAGUGUCUGGCUGCGUUAACUGCCGGGUCGUGCUCCACUGCCCGUUACCUCUCCCCCUCCUCCCUGCCCUUCUCCGCUGCUUCUCCAACUUGCUGUGUAUCAAUUCUGAGACGGUCCGCCAGCUGGAACCAGGGAAUUACUCAGUACUUCAGAUACUGCUCCGGGCAGCUCGUUAUCUCCAGCCCCCUCCAUCCCCAGCCUUUCAUCAGUCUCUCCCUCAUGUGUUCAGCUUCCCCUUGAACCCCACCUCUUCGUCUCAACCACUCCCUCCCAAUCGGUCUUUAAUAAUAAAAACAAAUAAUGUUUUGGUCA